AUUCGCUGUACUGUUGUCAGACUUCGUGUUGCGGGUUCCCUGUGGCUGUGGAUGUGAGCAAUCAAAUAGAUAGAUGUCUGAAUGUUUUUUUUCCUCCUCUCCGUUGAGUGAGUUCGUCGCCGAUUGGUCUGCUGCUUGGUCUCCGUCAUAGUUCGGUUACUUCUCGAUCUUAGUUCGGUUGCUUCUCGAUCUUCGGUCGGCGAGAUCGAUCUGGGUUGAGAGAUUAGCGCACAGGUGCGGACGCAGCUUAUUUUGCCAAAACAGAUAAGAGGAUUCAACUGUUGAAAAAAAUUCUUCAGUGUCAAGUUAAUUCUGGCUCGUCAUUUUCGACUCAACUCUUUGAAUUUAGUCUUGACGGUUAUUGUAAUCAGCUUUGGAACUACUAGCUCUAAUAUAGUUCAUGCGCGGAUUGUCUGAAUGUGUUUUGGCUAUGCGAGGGUGGAGGUCUGGGAGGAUGCAAUUGCAAAUCCAUUCUGGCCUGCCUUAUCAAGGAAUGGAAAAUGAAACACGAGCAUUAUGAGAAAACUUGCAUGAUUGAUGUGCCAAGUAUCUUAUUCUCUGGAGUUAAAUCCAGAUCUGCAAGGCACUUUGGUGUUAAGACUGCUGGCUGUUUCUUUCGCUGAACAGCUCUAGAGUAAAUGGGAGAAGCAAACUCGGAGGAAUUUUGCCAUUGUCAGGGGUGUCUUGGUAAGUACACACUACUCAGAGAUGAAGAAAAUCCACGGUUGGCAAUGUUCGAGAGACGGCUUCCUUGCUUUGGUUGUGGGAUAGGAUGGUCCUCUUUUCUUUUAGGUUUUGUGUGUCCACUUAUUUGGUACUACGCGACGACUCUUUACUGCUGCAAGUACUACAAUAGGGAUCCUCGAGAGCGUCCUGGUCUCGCUGCCUCAGCUAUCGCGGCAGUCAUCUUCACAGCCGCGACUAUUGUUACACUCUCCACCAUUCUGAUAAUUUGGGCAUACAAGUGAUUUCUGCAGCAUGGGGAACAGGCUUGCAGGAUCCUCGUUUUCGUUGAUCGAUAGAUGAGGCAUACAGAAGGUGAUGUUGGUGGUAGCAGAGCGUUUUGAUCACCGUCAUGUAAUCACACACUUUCACAUGUACAAGUUCUUGAUUAAAGGGCUUCAUGCCUUCAUCUAUACUCUUCCGUGUCGUUGUUCAUACAUUGACCACUGUUUAAUCUCAAAGAUAACAAUCCAUAGGCCA